CGCUGAUGCUGCACAUGAUGAAAACAACGGUUUCCCACUAGAUAGCAUAGCCACAAAGUCCGAUAUUACAGCCACAAAGGCAUAAUUGGCUACAAAAUGUUAUUUUUGGUAAUCAUUUAAGGGUAGGUUUACAUUUAAAAUAAGUUUUUAAUAACAUAAAUUGUAGAAAUAAGCGGAGUUUAGCCACAAUUAUGACUUUGUGACUGUGUUAAUCAUUCAUCAGGGGUGUUACAUUAGUGACGAAAACAACCCAGACGUUAGCUAGAAACUCGCGUUAUCUAAAAAGUAGAAAUGUCUAACAUACAGUUGUUGAGGGUUUUUCUCAACGAGAGAUUAACAUAUGCUGCCGAUGAGAUAUUCGGGGUCGUUGAAAAAACUAUAAUAGAGUAUCAGGAGGAAGUUGUCCGUCUACAAAGGCUGCUCGACAUAGUUCUUCAACCUGAGAUAAAGCUACGCAGGGCAGGUGUGUUACUCGACCACUCUCUCUCCGUCUCUGAAGUGGAGGUUCCCCCUGAGCAGCAAGAGUGGAACACCAGUCUGAGGCAGGAGGACCCACAGCCCACACAGAUAAAAGAGGAACCGGAGGAAAUAGGGACCAGUCGGGAAGAAGAGCAGCUUCAAGGGCUUGAGGCAGAUACCAUAGAUUCCAUUUUCACUCCCGCCUAUGUGAAAAGUGACUGUGAUGAGUACCCAACUCACCCUUCACAUCUCUAUCAAACCCAAAAGGAAGAAAACGGAGAGAGAGACACUCUACCCAGUACUACAUCCGAACUGAUCAAAACACAACUUGACCGAGAGAACUAUGUAGAAUCAGAACCAACCAGUGUCUCUCAGCCAUUCUCUGAAGCAAAUCCAGACUGUUUUGCAGCUCAGAGUGAAAACAGUCAAAUUGUCAGUGGCAUGGAGAAUGGAGGACCUGCGAUAGUUUUUAAGCCAGUCAAAUCAAAGAGAAAAAAUAUGGUAAAAGGGCAAAACUCCUGUAUCACUACUAUGGGCAGCACAUCCACACAGUUGUCCCAUCUGAAAUCACACAGGCAAAGUUUUGCUUCUCCCUGUUGUUGCAAGGUGUGUGGCAAAUUUUUUAAUUACACGAGUACAUUAAUUAGACAUGUUAAAACCCAUACAGGGGAUAACGAUCAUCAAUGUGGUGUCUGUGGGAAAAGUAUGGAGUCUACAGAAAGUAAGAAAGAUCACCUCCAAACUCACAUUGCAGCUAAUGUUUCUUGUCAUAUUUGUAGUAAAUAUUUUUCCUGUCACAGUAAACUGACAGAGCACAUGAGGAUCCACACAGGGGAGAAACCAUAUCGCUGCUGUGAUUGUGGCCAAGGAUUUAGCACUAGCGGUGGUCUGAAAAGACACACGAGGAGACACUCGGGAGAACAACUGUAUCACCCUGAUUGUGGCAAAGGAUUUGGCACCAGCGGUGAUCUGAAAAAACACACUAGAAUUUACACAGGAUUAUCUAUAUCGCUGCCCUGAUUGUGGCAAAUGAUUCCAAUAGGUUCUGGCUCCAGCAGAUACCUUCUCAGGACACACACGCUGUGAGACAUAUGACCUGAGACAGGAUGUCGAAUCCUGACAGAGUGCUAGCUAACGCUAGCUAGCAAGUGUAGCCAAUUUAUACUCUGCUAACUCUCCCAACUUUUACCACUACGAUACUUAACAUAACGCCCUGGACCAGAGCUACUGACAUGUAGCCAGCUAACUAACGUUAGCCACACAUUUGUAACAUAUAUUAAUUAAAUUAAUAUCACACGAAUUGGAGGGACCGAUACAAAAUCAUACAUAGAAAUGUAAUGUCAUACAAAACGGAGGGACACAAGAAAACAUUUACUAUGUUACGGCUGGAGUUCAGACUGCAUACCAUCUGAGAUGCAAAAUACCAUCUGAGACA